AUUUUAUGUUCGUAGUGAGGACAACACUGGCCAGCCGGGCACGUGUGGCAGCGGUCGUCCAGCAGCAUGACACUGUCUGAAGGAAAACGCAAAGAACGAGAUCUUUUCUCGGUCAAGGCAAAGGUUGACCCAAGCAAAACCAAUAAAAAGAGGAAAAAGCAGAAUAAGAUUGGUGAAGCUGUAAAGAAAAGACAGAAAACUGAUAAUUUUUCUACAGUUGAUAUACAACCUUUAACUUAUGAGACAUUGGUAGAAGGGCAAGUUAUCCUGGGUCGUGUGUCUCAAGUUCACGAGUAUACUUUGCAUAUCAGUCUUCCUCAUAAGCUGAGAGGCACUGUCACCAUUGCUCGCAUAUCUAAUGCUUACAAUAUCCUCCUUACAAAGGUAAAAGAAAAUGAAGAUGACUGUGAAGAGACAGUCCACACAUUGCAGGAGCUCUUCAAGCCGGGCCAAUAUGUAGUUACCCGAGUAGUAUCUGUUGAAAAUGUUAAUAACAAAUUCAAAGUCAACCUGUCACUGGCACCCCAGGAAGUCAACUCUGGCAUCUCAACAUCACAUCUCCGAAUUGGCUACGUUUUACCAUGUGCCGUGUCCAGUGUUGAAGACAAUGGAUAUGUUAUGGACAUGGGCAUUCCGAAUGUUAGAGGAGCUUUUUUGAGGAACACAGCAACUGAUGGGUCAGGAAUUGUUGGUGUGGGUAGUGUUGUUCGGUGCGUCAUAACCAAGAUAAUGAGAAGUGAAGAUGAAAGCAAUAUGCGGUUCAAACUGAGUGCUGAGGCCAAAGCUGUCAGUAAUGCCACUCUUGACAUUACUGAUACAAUAAACCUGUCACUCCUGCUUCCUGGCACUGCAGUUGUCACCUCUAUAUCAAAGAUUGAGAAGGAAGGCCUGUACCUUAUUGCAGCAGGUUGUGAUGGUGUAGUACAUCGUCUGCAUCUGGAGCAGCCUUUAGAUCGUCUGAAACAGUAUAAGAUGGCCCAGAAGGUCAGGGCAAGAGUCCUGUACAUUGCACCACUUACUAAGGUGGUGCACUUCACACUACAAAAGGAAACAUGCAAUGCAAUCCCAGAAACUGAUCCUUUACAUGGCAUUAAAAUUGGAGACACGAUCAAGAAUGCAGAGAUUUAUGAAUCAAAUCGAAGUGGAAUAUAUGUGAAGAUUGGGGAACAAUGUAGAGGAUUUUGCUCGGGGAAUCGUUUGACUGAUAAAGAAAAGCCACCAGAGCAUGUGGCUCGAGAUUUCCCAGUUGAAUCCAGACAAAUAUGUCGUGUUAUCCAGUAUGAUUAUAUGGACCAGCUGUUCAUUGUGUCGCUGCGAAAAUCUGUCUUGGAGCAACAGUUUGUUAAAUAUAGUGAAAUUCAAGUAGGCGGAGUCCUGAAGGCUACUAUCAAAGGCUAUAAUGCACAUGGUGCACAGGUUGCUGUGAGCAAACUUGUCACUGGCUUCGUCCCGUUCCUACACCUCACAGACACGCAUAUGAAGAACCCAGAAAAAAAAUUUCCAGUUGGUGAAACGGUUAAGGCUCGAGUAGUCAAGGUCAAUCCAGAGAGGCAAUAUUUACUUCUCACCUGCAAGAAGUAUUUGGUGGAAUCUAAGGAAUCCAUUGUGACAGAGUAUACCAAGGAUGCUGAAAAUAUGAUAACAGAAGGAUGUAUUGUGAAAGUUACUUCUGCCGGCUUGCUAAUUGCAAUGUAUAAUGAUGUGAAAGGAUUUGCUCCCAAGUCGUGUCUCAGCACUGAACCUAUUGAAAAUGUUGAGAAACUAUUUUCCGAGGGUCAAGUGGUGAAGUGUAGGAUUUUAACGGUUGCUCCAGAAAAUAAAAAAAUUACUUUAAGUUUGAUUAUUGAUGGAAAUAAUCCUUUUGGCAAAAAGAAAGGGAAACAGAUGAAGUUAGUUAGUCAAGUACAGAUGCGAGAGAAAGUAAACUGCAUUGUAAAGGAGAUAAAAGAGGACAGCAUCAAAGUUAACUUACAACCAAAAGGAAUUGAAGCUGAAAUUCCUGUUAACCAUCUGUCUGAUGACACCAAUAAGAGCAGGCUGAUAAAAGAACUUUUGCAUGAAGGAGAUGAAAUCCAUAAUGCUGUUGUAUUCAAGAAAGAUGUUACUACCAUUACUUUAACUCUUAAGUAUUCUGUUUAUCAUUGGGUUUGUGCUGGUGGUGGAUCUCACUCAAAUUCUGAGUUUUUAAUAAAUAAUAGUUACCCAGCUGCUAUACUCGAAGUUCGAACUUACGGGUUGAUGACAUCUAUUCCUGUUGGUAAUCAUGGUCGUAGCGUUCUUAUACAUGCAACGAACUUGACAGACUCGAGCAAGUGGCUUGACUGUACUAACCUGGGAAUAUCAGUUGGGCAGAGUAUAUCAGUUGUUCACAAAGGUGAAGACAGGAAUGGUCGCCCAAUCUUAUCCUCUUCCUUGAAAACUAAUUUAAAGAAUGUUACUCAAUCAAGCAUUCAGUUACUCCAUAGUUAUCUCAGAGAUGAGGACAUGAUUAUAAAUAGAUGGUCAGUAAGUUGUGGCACAAAGGGUCUACUGGCAAAGUUUAAAACUGGAGACAAAAUUAAAGCCAGAGUAACCGCAAUCACUCCUCUCGGUCUUGUUGUAACAGUGAACCAAGGUAAAGUAAUUGGAAUUUUGUCCCAAGAUCAUCAAGAUAUUAAUACCAAUACUGAAGUGGGCCAGGAAAUACUGGUUUGUGUUCUUCGGAUUAAUCAGGAGGAAGAAUGCUUGGAGCUGACAGCAAGAUCAGACAUUCUUAAGUGUCUUCAUGUGAGGGAAACUAAUAAAAUCAAAGUUGAAAUGAAAGCUAAGUGUGAAGUUCUACUUGCUAGAAAGAAUUUCAUCCUGGUUAUGUUGAAGACCCGUUGUGUGGGAAGGGUUGCUUACAUGCCCUCUCUCAGACAUACAAAUGAUUUUAAGGGACGGCAUUCUUUUUAUACCGUUGGUAAGAAUUAUCGCGUGGUGAUCAAAUAUAUUGAUGGCCCUCAUAUUUUAGGAGUUUUGAACCAUCAUGAUAAGAAAGAAGAUUUGAACAUACUCUCAGAGCGACCAAGUGUCAUUUUUAACACCAGCACUGAUGCUCUAGUUGAGAAAGUUGAACACAUGGAAGUCGAAUCUGGCAAUUUAGAAGAAAUGGCUUUAUGUAAAAUACAGAGAAUUAGAACAGUUUCACAGUGUUCCACAGAUAGUAUUGAGAGCAUAACGAGUGGCAGUAACAGUAAAGAUAAAGAUGCAGUAACAGUAAAGAUUAUAAACAAAGAAAAGUUAAAAAAGUUAAUAACUGACAGUGCCCCUCAGUAUGAUGAAGAGACAUUAAAUGAAAAUCAGAAAAAAAGAAGAUUAGAAAAAAGACAUUUACGAUUGUUGGAGAAAAAGAAAAAAGUUGAAGAUGGUGUGGAGGAAAUUAAUGAAACUAUUGACAUAGAAGAGGCCAAUGGAGUGACUUCACCUGACACUAGCUGUGCAUUAGAAGACCCAUGUAAUAAGGAAAAUAUCCAGGAUGAAAGUAUUGCUAAAAAGGCAAAGAGAAAACAAUUGAAGAAAGAUAAAAAAGCGAGUAAGAAGGCUCGGAAGACACAGGCAAAGGUUGACUUGACAGAGGAUUCCUGCCUUGCAUUGGGCACUGGUUUUGUAUGGGAGGUCCCAGACACUGCUGGUGAUAUGGGAAAAGAGUGUUCGGAGAGUGAAGAUGAAGUGGACGUUAAAGGAAAGAAAACAAAAAAGCUAACAAAAGCAGAGCAACAAAUACUGGCAAGACAGGAGGAGAAGCUUUUGCAUGAGUUGGAGCUGGCUCGGCUGGAGAAGGACCGGUUACCCGAGUCUGCUCUGGACUAUGAAGAACUCCUACAGCGUAGUCCCAACUCUUCAGCUUUGUGGAUUCAGUUUAUUAGCUUUCAUCUAGAGAGUGUAGAAAUUGACAAAGCAAAGGCAGUGGCUCAUCGUGCUCUUCAAGUUAUUGAUAUUCGUGAAGAAGAAGAACGUCUCAAUAUAUGGACAGUGUUGUUACGACUUGAAGUUUCUUAUGGCACUCCAGAAUCUGUUGCCGAGACUUACCGUGAAGCACUGGCCACCAAUGACCAAUUAAAAGUGCACAUGGCUAUGGCUAUGGUAUAUGCUGAGAGCAAUAAAUUAAAGGAAGCAGAAAAAGUGUAUUUCAUAAUGACUAAGAAGUUUAGUCAGAAUCGUGAUGUUUGGAUCAAGGCAGGAAUUUUCUUCUUUAGCAAUAGUAUGGCAGAUGAAGGAAGACGUUACAUGGAUAGAGCUCUUCUUUCUCUGGAUAAAAGUGAUCAUGUAGAAUUGAUUAAUCGCUUUGGUCAACUUGAGUUCCGUUUUGGUGAGGCUGAACGAGGCAGAACUAUUUUUGAAAGUCUUCUUAGUAAUUAUCCAAAGCGCAUUGAUAUUUGGAGUGUGUACGUUGAUAUCUUGGCAAAAAAGGAAGAUAUUGAAGGAGCAAGGCACGUGUUGGAGCGUAUGACAGGACUAAAGCUGAGACUUCGUAAAAUGCGUUCUAUCUUCAAGAAGUUCUUGGACUUUGAAAAGGAACAUGGAAGUCCUCAGAGUGUAGAGGCUGUUAGGAAGAGAGUUGAGGAGUUUGUGACCUCAGCACUCCAUCAAGACGUUUAGUUGGUGACCUCUAAUUGUGUGUGUAUUGAGUGACAAGUAAAUAGAAACAAUGAAAUCUAUACAAACGACGUACACAGAUAUGUAUGUGGUGAAUAAAGAGCUUAAUAUAACCAGAUACAGUUUGAAAGUAUAAGAACAAUUGAGAAAGAACUGGAAUAUGAUGAUACUAGCAGUUUUAGGAAUAGUGGUGAUAUUUUAGUAGUGGGGUAGAGUGAGAUCCAGCUCCUAGUGCUCCACCUUCUUGACAUAGGCGCCUGACAGCUGGGUGGACAGCGCUUCGGAUUCGUAGUCCUGAGGUUCCGGGUUCGAUCCCCGGUGGAGGCAGAGACAAAUGGGCAAAAUGUUUCUUUUACCCUGAUGCUCCUGUUACCU